GAGGCGGCGAGCCCGAGCGCGGACACUCUCCUGUCCCGGGUGUCGUCUAGAGGGAGCCCGGCAGCUUCCAGCCCUUGCAGUGCGGAGAGCGAGACACCCACUGCGCCCGGCGAGCAAAGAGCCGGGCGGGCUCUGAGCCGCUGCCAUCAGCAAGCGGAGGGGCUGCAAACCCGUUGCCGUCAGCAGACAGCAAGGGCGGGGAGUGGGGAGCCCACGGCCAUCGCUGUGCGCCGGCGAGCAAGUUGGGGUGCAGAGGAGGAGGGGCGUCCUGCCCUCUCCAGGGAAGAGUCCUGCAUGCAGAAGAUGCCGCGCAUGGCAGCGAAGAAGAGGCGGUUUUGUAGUCCUGGCUGCUUGGUGUUUCCCUGGCGCUCUUGCUUCCCCUCUUGGAUUUGCUGCUGGGCUCUAAUCUGCUGUCAAGCGGCGCAGACUGGGGAUGCUGUUGAGACUUCCUCCAGCGUGCAGCUGCCUCAGUGUCAGGAGACAGAUUACCACUAUGAAUACACAGAAUGCGAUAGCAGUGGAUCCAGGUGGAGGGUGGCUGUCCCAAAUCCGUCGGCGGAGUGCUCUGGAUUACCUGACCCCAUGAAAGGAAAAGAAUGCACUUUUUCAUGUGCUUCUGGUGAAUACCUAGAAAUGAAGAAUCAAAUGUGCAGUAAAUGUGCCGCUGGGACGUAUUCCUUGGGCAGUGGGAUCAAGUUUGAUGAAUGGGAUGACCUGCCAGCAGGAUUCUCCAAUGUGGCAACUUUCAUGGACACUGCUGUCGAAUCAGCUGAGAAUAAAGCAGAUAGCUGUGACAACUCUUCGUGGACUCCUCGUGGGAAUUACAUAGAGUCCAACAGAGAUGACUGCACUGUUUCUCUAAUCUAUGCCGUACAUCUGAAGAAAUCUGGUUCUGUCUUCUUUGAAUACCAGUAUAUUGACAAUAACAUCUUCUUUGAGUUUUUUAUUCAAAAUGAUCAGUGCAAAGAGAUGGACUCCACGGCCGACAAAUGGGUGAAAUUAACAGACAACAGCGAAUGGGACUCUCAUUUUGUAGCUUUGAAACCAGGGACUAAUAUAUUAUAUUGGAGAACAACGGGGAUUCUUAUGGGUUCUAAAGUGGUGAAACCUGUUCUGGUGAAAAACAUCACAAUUGAAGGAGUUGCAUAUACAUCUGAAUGCUUUCCUUGCAAACCUGGUACAUUCAGUGAUAAGCCAGGGUCUUCAAAUUGUCAGAUGUGUCCCAGAAAUACCUACUCAGAGAAAGGAGCUAAGGAAUGUAUCAACUGUAGCGAAGAAACACAUUAUGCAGAUGAAGGAUCCAGCCAAUGUACAGAGCGUCCUUCUUGUACAAACAAAGACUUUUUCCAGAUCCAUACACUGUGUGAUAAGGAAGGAAAGACUCAGCUAAUGUACAAAUGGAUAGAGCCUAAAAUCUGCAGGGAGGAUCUUCCUGAAGCGUUGAAACUGCCUCCUUCUGGAGAGAAGAAGGAUUGUCCGCCAUGCAACCCUGGGUUUUACAACAAUGGAUCAUCUUCCUGCGCGCCUUGCCCUCAGGGCAUGAUUUCGGAUGGAACAAAGGAAUGCAAGGCCUGCCCUGCUGGGACUGAACCAGCUCUCGGGCUUGAAUAUAAAUGGUGGAACGUUCUGCCAGUCAAUAUGAAGACUUCUUGUUUUAAUGUUGACAAUUCAAAGUGUGAUGGAAUGAAUGGCUGGGAGGUGGCUGGUGAUCACAUCCAGAGUGGGGCAGGGGGCUCUGACAAUGAUUAUCUUAUCCUGAACCUGCAUAUUCCAGGAUUUAAACCUCCAACAUCGGUGACAGGAGCAACCGGGUCAGAACUAGGACGAAUUAGUUUUAUUUUUGAGACCAUCUGUUCUGCAGAUUGCGUGAUGUACUUUAUGGUGGAUGUUAAUAGAAAAAACACGAAUGUGGUGGAAUCCUGGGGGAGGACGAAGGAGAAACAAUCUUACACUCACAUUAUCUCCAAAAAUGCUUCCUUCACAUUCACAUGGGCCUUCCAGAGGACAAACCGGGGCCAAGAUAGCAGGCAAUUCAUACACGACGUGGCAAAGAUCUACUCGAUAACAGUGACCAAUGUGUUGGAUGGAGUUGCCUCGUCUUGCCGGGCCUGCGCACUGGGGUCUGAACAGUCUGGGUCAUCCUGUGUACCCUGUCCUUCUGGACACUACAUUGAGAAGGAGACCAACCAAUGCACGGAGUGCCCAGCCAACACAUAUCUGUCCAUACAUCAGGUGUACGGCAAAGAGUCUUGUAUCCCAUGUGGGCCUGGCAGUAAAAGCAACAAGGACCAUUCCACCUGCUUCAGUGACUGCACGUUCUCUUACCUCAGGGACAACCAGAGCCUGAAUUAUGACUUUACCAACCUCAGUGGAGUGGGGUCAUUAAUGAAUGGACCCAGCUUUACAUCCAAAGGGACAAAGUUCUUUCAUUUCUUUAAUAUCAGUCUGUGUGGGAAUGAGGGAAAGAAGAUGGCGAUUUGCACAGACAAUAUAACAGAUGUCACAGUAAAGGACAUGGUAGCUGAAUCAGAAGACUCUUCAAGUUUGGUGGGAACUUUUGUAUGCCAGUCUACAAUCAUCCCAUCAGACAGUAAGGGGUUCAGAACAGCACUGGCUCUGCAGUCCAACAGCCUUGCUGAUACAUUCUUAGGAGCCACGGUUGAAACCACUCUGGGAAAUAUUACCGUUGAAACAGAAAUGUUUCCGUCUUCCCAAAGGAUAAUACCUGAUGUGAAUUUCUUUUUCAAGUCUUCUACACUUACAACCCCCUGUGAAAACGGACGUGCAACUGUUGUGGUGGUGAGGUGUAAUCCCACCAAACCAGGCCAAGGCGAUAUUUCAGUCCCCAGCACGUGCCCCGUUGGUACCUGUGAUGGAUGCACCUUCUACUUCAUGUGGGAAAGUGCAGAAGCCUGCCCUUUAUGCACAGAGCAUGACUACCAUGAGAUUGAGGGAGCUUGUAAAAAGGGAUUUCAGGAAACCUUAUAUGUCUGGAAUGAGCCAAAGCAAUGCAUAAAGGGGAUUGCCUUGCCUGAGAAACGGGUCAGCACCUGUGAAACCAUGGACUUUUGGUUAAAAGUUGGAGCAGGUGUUGGUGCAUUCACAGCUGUGCUGCUCAUAGCUUUAACCUGCUACUUCUGGAAGAAAAAUCAGAAGUUGGAGUAUAAAUAUUCCAAAUUAGUGAUGACAGCUAACUCGAAAGAGUGUGAGCUUCCAGCUGCUGACAGCUGUGCUAUAAUGGAAGGAGAAGAUAAUGAAGAGGAAAUAGUAUAUUCAAAUAAACAAUCAUUGCUGGGAAAGCUGAAGUCGUUGGCAACAAAGGAAAAACAAGAUUGUUUUGAAUCUCUUCAGCUGAAAUCUUCAAGAUCACAAAAUAUAUGAGGAUUAAAUACUACCUUCAAAGAAAAAAUCUGAUUUCUAUUUUUACAGGACCACAUUUUAAACAUAUUCCUGCAGACAGCAGAGUAAUGGUUGCAGUGAGAAAUGCUGAGCCAUUUAAGAAAAAAGAGGGUGGAAAUCAAAACUAAAGAUUGGAUGGCCUUAUUCUAUGGUCAAGUACCUAGCCAAAAACAAGAAGCAGACUGCUUGGAUUCCAAACUAGGAAUGAAACUUAACUCAGGAAGAGAUAUACAUAUUGCAACUGACAUGAGUUUUUGUAUUCACCUGUGCAUUGUUCAGGCAUGCUGUGUAAUUUAUUGGUACCUUUCAAUGCAUAAUCACUUUGUCCAUAUGCAUCGUAAGAGCUGAUUUUCUGAGAGAUUCGAAACUUUCUGCAAAGGUUCUGUACUGUCCUUUUUGUAGCCUAACUUCAAGUCUCUCUUAAAAUCAAAAUGGGGAAUGGCGCUUGAAACAGAACCAUGGAUGACUUUUGAUCCUUGGAUAAAAUAAUGCUUUUGGGGCUAAGGGCUGAAUGUCCUGCAACAGCCUUCAGUGUGGCAGGGCCAAUUUUGCACCCACGGAUCACACCCACGUAGAUGCCAAUAUGACCACCAUCUGGGUUGGGUUGAACAUGGCACUCCUGAAUCUGAGGCUAUAUCUAUACCUACAGCUAAGGGUGUGAUUCCCAGCUUGUAUAGACAUUUUCACAUCUGCUGUCAUCAAUCUAGCACACUAAGAAUAGUAGUGUAGCCAUGGUAGCACAGGCAGCGGCUGCACGGACAAGCUGUGCCGAAUAUGUACCCACAGGGUUCAGGUGGAUUUGUACUCAGGGUGGCUAGCCCAUGGCACUGCUUGGCACUGCCUGUGCUACUGUGGCUACACUACUGUAUUUAGUGUACUAUUUUGAGAGCUAGAGCAAGUAUGGCUACGCAAGUUGAGAGUCACACCACCAGCUCCAAGUGUAGCCAUCCCCUAAAUGUAUCCGCUGCCACUGCCUGAGUUGAAAGAUCACAUCUGUCCGUUUAGAAGCAGCAGAAGCAGCACUCAGAAAUCUUUUUACGUGGUCUAGACACUAGGGGGGACCAAAGAUCCAUAAUGUGAAUUAUGCAUUCUCCCUGCCUGGGGAAGCUUGUCCUGAGCAUCGGAGGUUGACAGCAGUUCAUUACCCGGUAUGAGCUAUCUUUGUGUGUCAACUCUCUGGGAUGAGCAUCUGUAGGGAUUGAAUCCUGAACCCUUUGGGAGCGAGGGGAACCACAAACUUCUAGCAUUUAAGCUAACUGAGCCAAUUUGCAGUCGAGAGGCAGCAUCAGACUUUUUAGCCUGUAUGUGGUCUAAAAAGGGACAAGGACCCCCCUGCAGGUAUUAAUGUUGGUUACACUAUCAUGUAUCUUUUAGCAUACAAAUAGGUUCUACUGUCGAUGCAAGUU